UGCAGCCAAAAUGUUUUCCUUUGGCACAGCGGAUUAUAUUGUGUUUUCAUUCAUGUUAAUGGUAUCGGCCGGUAUUGGGGCCUAUUUUGGGUUCUUUUCGAAAUCGAAAAAUACCACCGAAGAAUAUCUAAUGGGCGGCAAGAAAAUGAAAACCCUACCCAUAGCCAUAUCGUUGGUGGCAAGUCAACUGUCUGGCAUAGCCAUUAUGUCGGUACCCUCGGAAAACUAUUCCUUUGGCAUUGGUUAUAUGUUUAUGGUCUCGGCCGUUUGCAUGGUUAUACCGAUUUUAAAUUAUAUUAUUAUACCGGUAUUCUACAACAACAACAUCACAAAUUGUUAUGAGUAUCUUCAAUUGCGUUUCAAUAAAUUAACCAGAAAACUUAUUACCGGAACUUUUGUUUUAAGUACCUGCCUGAUGCUACCUGUGAUUAUGUUCGUGCCAUCAUUGGCCUUUGCCCAAGUGACCGGCAUUAAUAUUCAUAUUAUCAACACCAUAGUGUGUUCCAUCUGCAUAUUCUACACAAUGUUGGGUGGUAUUAAGGCUGUUGUCUGGACCGAUGUGGUGCAGGCUGGCAUUAUGGUAACCUCGGUUUUAUUGGUUGCCAUAUUGGGUAUCAAUAAAGUUGGUGGUCUGGGAAAAGUUCUCGAUCUUGCCGCUGAUGGUAAACGCUUGGAUCUAUACUACGGUUUGGAUCCGCGCAUUCGGAACUCUGUGGUGGGUAUGUUCAGUGCUGGUCUAUUUUUGUGGGUUGGACAUCUCGGUUUAAAUCAAAGCUGUGUACAGCGUAUUGUUUCGCUACCCAGCCUGAAGCAUGCCAAAAAAUCUCUAGUAUGGACGGGAUGUGGUGUCCUUGCCAUAAUGUUGUCCAAUUGCUUCACAGGUGUCAUUAUGUAUGCCCGUUAUGCCGGCUGUGAUCCCAUUCUGGCUGGUGUGGUUGAAAAAGCCGACAAAAUGAUGCCAUUCUUUGUGCAGGAUGUUGUGGGACAUUUAAGCGGAAUGCCGGGUAUUUUCAUUUCGUGUGUCUUCAGUGCGGCCUUGAGUACCAUGUCGGCAACGCUUAACUCCUUGGCCGGUGUUGCCUACUUCGAUUACAUCAAACCGUUUAUUAAGCACACUGAUGCUCGGGCCAAUGCUAUUAUGAAGCUAUUUGUUGUCGUUAUGGGUUGUUAUUGUAUUGCCGGUGGAUUUUUGGUCGAGAAAUUCAGUUCAAUUCUUCAAACGAUAUUGACGAUAUUUUCGUUGAACACUGGAGCUGUUGUGGGUGUGUUUAUGUUGGGCAUGCUGGUGCCAAGGGUUAAUGGAAAGGUCGUCAUCACCUCCCUAUGUGUCAGCAUGACCAUAAUGCUCUGGAUUAUUACCAAUGCCCAGAUGCGUUUCAAUUCGGGUGCCAUCAAAUACGAUCCACUGCCAACAAAAAUCGAUGAAUGUGAGAAUUACAACUUCUAUAGUUUAAUACAAAACACCACCAACCGAACCAUGACAACUCCCCAACUAUCCGUGCCCAUAAAUGUUACAACAACGUCGACAGAGACUCCUAACCUAGUCACCACCGCCUUCGGCAGCAAUCGCCCAUUUUCUCUAUAUGAAAUCUCUUUCUAUUGGUAUCAGGUAAUUGGUACCCUCUUGGUGUGGUUUACAGCCAUACCUUUAAGUUAUAUUUGGAAACCGGCGGAAGAUGAAAAAUGUGAUCCCAAAUUAUAUUCACCAAUAAUUGGCAGAUGGUUGAAGGAGACUAAGGAACCAAUACGUUACGUGGCCGAAAGUGUUCCCUUGAAGACACCUCACCCAUCGUUGGCUGAUGAAAAUCUUCAAAUUACAUUUAAUAACAACAAACAAUAG